AUGCCAGCUAAUUCCCGCAGAGGUGGGCGACAAGUCGUUAGGGAAGAUGAGGAGUCAGAAGAAGAAAUACCUCGGAACACUCAGCAACGCCGUCGCCCAGAUCCAGAGUCAGAAGAAGAUGAGGAUGGCGACGAUGAUGAGGACGAUGCAACAGGUGAAGGCAUGGGCUUGGAUAGGGAGGAGUCAUUGGAUCAAGUUGUGAAGAAACUGGUCAGAUAUGCCUUGGCGUGCGAAUUCCAGCGUUUACCAAUUACAAGAACUGGUAUCAAAGAGAAGGUUCUUGGAGCACAAUCGAGAUCCUUUAAAUCCAUUUUUGAACCGGCACAAGAAUCGCUGAGGAUCAUAUUUGGGAUGGAAAUGGUCGAACUCCCCGCUAAAGAAAAUGUCACUGUUAAAGGCCGAUUGAAGGAGGCUAGCAGAAAAUCGAAAUCCACAACAACUUCCUCAUAUAUUCUCACAAGUAUUCUACCCAUCGAUUACCGAUCAUCCUCGAUUAUUCAGCCUUCCAAAGUUAUUAGCCAGUGGGAUGAAGCUACAUAUAUAGGAUUCUAUACAACGGUGGUUUCUGUCAUAAUGCUGAGCCCUGACUCAACAAUGACAGACAGCAAGCUCACGUCAGUUCUAAGAAAGUUAGAUGCGGAAACAAAUCUGCCCCUGGACAAGACAACUCUCAUCUUGAAGAAGAUGAUGCAACAAAAUUACAUAACCCGAACUAUCGAAAGAAAUGAUGGAGAGGAGCUGAUCGAAUGGAGGGUGGGACCCCGAGGAAGGGUGGAGAUCGGUUCAAAAGGUGUGCAAGGACUGGUGAAGGAGGUUUAUGGCGAGCAUGCUCCGGAGGAUCUCGAUAAGCGUUUGGAGCGUAGCUUGGGACUAGGAAAGAGAAAGGUCACUCAUGGAGAGAACGGAGAAGGAACGGAAGUGUCCGAACAAAAUGGUGCAUCAAGCUCUAAGAGGGUUGCCGUGAGGGGAAGGCCACGACGAGGAGCGGUUGAAGAAGAUGAUGAUGACGAUCAUGAAUAA